CAAUUUCUCUCACUGUCAGACCCUCUGGGCUACCCAACCGAUCUCUAGUAUUCCUAUCCAAGACUCCUAGUCUAUUUUAACAGGUCCGAGGUAAAAAAAGGCUAUCCCACGCGCCAAUGGAUAUCGAGUGGGUUGAAUGGACUCGACUACGAGAUUAUUACGAACGGAACUCUCUUUGCUAUCAAGAAUAUGGCCUAGAAUGGAGCGCUGAGAUUCCAAAAUGCUCCUAGCAGCUAUCUUCGUUGGCUCGGGAUUCGAUAACGGGACUGGCAAUCCUCAAGGGAUAAUGGGCAUCCAGCACUAUGAGAAGGGCCCGAUGUGGGAGGGGACUUAUUUGAGUGGGCAUAUGCAGCCUCAGUUCCAGGAGGCAGGAUUGAUAAGCUGUGAUGAGGAUAUGAGCCAAGAAACCAAACAGAUGUUCGAGUUAUUGAAUCUUAGGACUCUGCGCUUACCUCCUUUGCAGGUUUUGCCGAUGAACUACAUCAUCGCUCGCAUCCCGACUAACUCGUCGCGUCUCCCUGAAUUGGUCGCCAAGUUCAGAGACGCGAAGCUAGAAGCUCUCGAAGCCGAACCCACUGGAUUUGCCGUCAAAUAUGCGGACGAGGUUCUUCACCCCCUCUCAUUAUGGCAACAGCGACUCACCUCUCCGUCGAUAAUCCUCAUCUGUGUAGCGAAGUCAGAUACGAGCAUCCCAAAUACAGAGGAAGAAGCUCUUAUAGCAGGGGAUUGGAUCGGAAUGGUUACCAUACGAGGCCCGCUUCCGUACUCAACCUUCCAACUCCCGGAAUCCGGUCAACCAGUCCCCGACAACCCAAAUGGCGAGACACGAUGGCAUCUGUCCAAUUUGUAUACAUCACAAGUACACCGGGGGAAGGGACUCGGAAAAAAACUUGUCAUCUCCGCUUUAGAUAUAGCUCGGGAGCAGGCGAGGAUGUUGGAUAAGAUGCGGGCUAGGAUAAGGCUGUUCUGCAACCCUUCGAAGACCGUUCUUGUCACCAUGUAUAAGGGAAUGGGAUUCGAGGAAGCAGGGAAGUGCACGCUGAAGGAGGCAUUUGUGGCGAAUGGCGAUCAGGAGUUGGUACCACGGGACACGCAGAGUACUGAUGCAUUGAGGGGUUUUUGGGAGAGGAGGUAUGGGCUUGCCAUGGAGCAAGUCCUAGACGCUUGA